AUGCUCCUCUUCAAAGUUAAUUCUGCAAUGGCAGCAAAGAAGAAUCUGGCCGAUAUUUUGCCCCCAAAAUGGAAUAAAUUGGCUUCCAAGAGGACCCAACGGCAAAUCACAGGUCAGCAAACCGAAAUUGAGCAAAGGAUUCCAAGCCAAACAGACCGCUUGAACGGGUUGCAUGCUUUUUCGAGGGCCAAUAAGCCAUUUGUGCCGCUGUUAGUUCGACAGCCAAAUCUGACGCGAAGUAGAACGCAAACGAAUGGCAUGAGGACCAAUUUUUUAAAGUCUGCAGUUACCGAUGCUAGUGACCCUGUAACACCUGAUCCCGGCAGGCUGCAGAAUUUCAAACGUAGUUCUUCGUUCCUGCAUACGAGACAGAAAACGAUGCCAGAGCCAAGUGGAGAGACAGUUUUAGCAUACCGGAAAUCGGCACAAAAACCUCUCGGCCUGAAACAGGGUUCGCUUAUUCAAGAGCGACAGCUGAAGCAGAAAAGGGAAUGGCCAAAAAGAGGAUUAAAGGCCAAAAGCGAGCAGUCACGAUUUGAG